UGACAACACCUGUGCACCCAUGGCUAUGGCCUACAGCAUCAUGGGAAAGAGUGCACAUAGACUUUGCUGGACCUUUUAUGGAUCGAAUGUUCAUGGUCGCAGUGGACGAGUAUUCCAAAUGGCCAGAAGUGGAAAUCAUGAAAUCAACUACUGCUACAGCGACUGUUUCAGUCCUACGCCAGAUGUUUGCUCGUCAUGGAAUACCAGACAACAUAGUGACAGAUAAUGGUCCACAAUUCAUCUCAGAAGAAAUGUCCAGUUUUACAAAGAAGAAUGGUAUUAAACAUACUCUCUCAGCACCAUAUCAUCCAGCAAGCAACGGACUAGCAGAGCGAUUCGUCCAAUCUUUCAAGAACUCCCUGAAAGCAGAAAAGAAAACCAUAACAGUUGAACAGAAACUUGCAAACUUCCUACUGGCUUACAGAAAUACGCCACAUGCAACAGGGGAAACACCAGCCAUCCUGAAGUGUGGAAGACGCUUAAAGACCAGGCUUGACCUAGUGAAACCAAAUCUACGCAAGACUGUUCAAGAACGGCAAGCUGCAAGUAUGGAUCCAGAGAAAGCAGCCCGACAGUUGUCACCAGGACAACAUGUUCUCAUCAGGUCUUACAGGACAGGUGAGAAGUGGAUGACUGGAGUGGUUCUCGAGAAAACAGGGAUUUUGUCCUAUAAAGUUCGAGGCUCUAACGGAACAGUUGCUCGACGUCACAUCGAUCAGCUGCUCGACAACACAACGGGUGCUGACACCAACCCCAGUACUGAGAUGAUGUCAUCUGAUAUUCAGCGCGACAUAAUGAGACCGAUGGUGAACGGCAGUGUGACUACCAAACCAACCAUCGCAGAUAGUGUCAACACACAAGGUGAUGUGAGUGUGCAGUGUAGUGCCGAGAGCAAUGAAAACCCUGCUCAAGGAAAUGUGUCUGUGCAGUGUGAUACAGGUUGCAGUGAUAAUCCUGCUCCUGUUGAGUGUGAUCUGGAAGGGCGACCGAUUCCAGACCGUCUUCCGGAACCAGUGUCGUCGGUACCUCGCAGAAAUCCUGUACGAAGCCGGCGAGCGCCGAACAAGUUGGAUUUGUAGGUCCAUAUGAUUGACUGACAUUGUUCCUCAUUUCGUGUAAAUGUGUAAAUAAGUUGACCUGCACCAUAGCUCGAGUUAUAGACUGUAAAUGUGUUAAUCAAUCUCAAUUGAGCAGCAGUUCUAUCAACACUAUGAGGA